GAAGUCAGGAAAGGACACCCAGGUGGAGAUCCUGGACCUGGUGGUCCGUGAACAGUUCCUGACUGUCCUUCCACCGGAGAUGGAGAGUUGGGUCAGAGAAAGUAAGCCACAGUCCACGUCCCAGGCCGUGGCCCUGGCUGAGGAUUUUCUCCUGACCCAGGCAGCAGACAAGGAAACGGGCCCGGUGACCUUUGAGGCCAUUGCUGUGUAUUUCACGAAGGAGGAAUGGGCUUUGCUGGACCCAGGCCAAAGGACUUUGUACUGGGAAGUCAUGGAGGAGAAUUUAACCAAUCUGAUGUCUUUGAUUCCUUCUGUAAGUGGGAGUAAGAAUGAGGAAGAACUCCAAAGGAGAUUUUUGGAAGGACUCGUUGGAAAAGAAGGAAGGCGACAGACAAGACAAAAUGAAAUAACACAGGAAAGGAAAGAGGGUUCCUUUGCUUCUUCUAAUGGAAACGUUCACCAAAUCCCAGACCAAAGAGGCAAAAGCAAGGAAAGAAAUAAGUCAUCUAUGUGCAGUAAGGACUCUGUUAGUAAAGCCAAACUAAAUUCUGAUUGUGAUAUUUUCAGGGGAAAAGGUUCAGAAUCCAUUUCAGAGAAUUCCACAAUGGAAGUCAACCCAAGAACCCACACAGGGGAGAAGCCGCAUAAGUGUUUCCACUGUGGGAAGAGCUUUGGGCAGAGCACCCAGCUGGGUCGCCAUAUGAGGAUCCACACCGGAGAGAAGCCGUUCACGUGUUCAGCGUGCGGGAAGAGCUUCCGUCACAGCACAAGCCUGACUUCUCACAUGAGAAUCCACACCGGGGAGAAACCCUUUCAGUGCCUGGAGUGUGGGAAGAGGUUCAGCGACAGGAGCAGCCUUUCUUUCCACUGGAGAAUCCAUACAGGAGAGAAACCCUUUCCGUGCCUGGAGUGCGGGAAGAGCUUCAACCAGACCACGCAGCUUGCGCGCCACAUGAGGAUCCACACCGGGGAGAAGCCCUUCAAAUGUUUGGAGUGCGGAAAGGACUUCAGGUGGAGCACCGACCUCGCUUCUCAUAGGAGAACCCACACCGGGGAGAAACCGUACAAGUGCUUGCAAUGUGGGAAGAGCUUCACUCAGAGUGCGCCACUGGCUUCACAUAUGAGGAGCCAUUCCGGCGAGAAACCCUACAGAUGCUCCGAGUGCGGGAAGGGCUUCAGCCGGAGCACAACCCUGGCUUCCCAUAUGAGACGCCACACGGGAGAGAAGCCCUACAAAUGCUUGGAGUGUUGCCAAUGCUUCAGGCAGAGCGCCCAGCUCUCUCGCCAUAUGAGGAUCCACACUGGAGAGAAGCCAUUUCAGUGCUUGGAGUGUGGGAAGAGCUUCCGACAGAACACAGACCUGGCUUCCCACCUGAGGAUCCACACUGGGGAGAAGCCGUAUCAUUGCCCGGAGUGUGGAAAGCGCUUCAGCGAUCGAAGCGCCUUCAGUUGCCAUCAGAGAAUCCACACGGGCCAGAAGCCGUUCAGAUGCUUGGACUGUGGCAAGUGUUUCGGCCGCGGCUCGCAUCUCGAUUCCCACAUGAGGAUACACACUGGGGAGAAACCCUUUAAAUGCUUGGAGUGUGGGAAGAGCUUCAGCCGGAACACAAACCUUAGUUCCCACAUGGGGAUCCACACCGGAGAGAAGCCCUUUCCGUGUGUGGAGUGUGGGAAGAGCUUCCGCCGAGGCACUGGACUGACUUCUCAUAUGAGAGUCCAUGCAGAGGGGAAGCGGCUUAAAUACUUGGAAAGUGACAGGACAUGUGGGAAUAGCACAGACCUUCCUUUACAUCGCAUAAGUCAAUGAGGUGAAAAUGAUCCUAUAUCUGUACAGUCUAUGUUGGCUUUUAAUAGUGUGCAUACAUGUCUGUAAUCAAAUAAUAAAGAUUUCUAAGCUUGA